CACUUUUGCUUUUUGGCUCUGGUCGCUCUCAACGAAACACUCUUUUGCGUAACAACAACUGUCAAAUCAAUCCCUUGCCCUCUCGAAAACGGAACGAACCAUCCUCCCGGCAAACUAAACCCAAAACUCAAUACGCAACCCCACCUGGCCAAUGAUAUCUUAACCCCGAUAACCCUAAAUAACCGGCGAAAAAACGCAAUUUGGGCAACAACGAUUCGAUUCAAUGCGACCCGACUCACGGACGACAAUCCCAUCAAAAUCAACUACCUAACUUCGGACGAUGUAAAUUUCGAUCUGGGCUGGUCACGGUGGCCCAACAACAUGGCACGCGCUUGCUAUUCCAUUACAUCCUUAUGGCAAACCUAUUACGACCUUCUCGGACGUGGAUGUGAUCGCUCCUACUCCUAAAUUCAAUUGGGAUUGGGAACCAACCACAACUACGCAAUGGAAAUCGUAAUCGCCGGAUCUCGAAUUCGAAUGCACCGUACCGCCUCGUAUCGUUCAACCUGUCUCUCUUUCGCCGACGCCGCCGCCGCUCUCCUGCCCCCCUUCCUGUGGAUGUAUACUUACAUUAAACCUUUUCACCUUCCUUUGCUAUCUGAUAGAUCCGGAACGUUAUGCUCUAAGAACAGAUCGUAUCGCCACUCCCCCUCUCUCUCGAACGCCGAUUUCUCCAAACCCCAUCUCUCGCAAUCCCACGCCGCGCCGAUACUCGACCCCUCCCAAGACCAAGACCUCUUCUCUACGCUCCAUACCGACCAACGAACCAGAACUCAAUCAUAA